CCUCCGGGAAACACCGCUCUCCACUAUAAAACUGGAUCGGUCGGUAGUGAAGAGAAGACGCGAGGCAGAGCUGGAACAAAAGUUGCAACGAUGGAGUUUUGCAUAUUAGCGCUAUUUACACUUUUCUCAUCGUUUAACAACGUUUUGGCGUUAUUACCUAACGGCGUGUGUCUCCUUCAAGUGGACGAGGGACCUUGCAGGGGAGAAAUUGAGCGCUACUACUACAACACAAUCACCCAAAAGUGCGAGAUUUUCUACUACGGAGGCUGCCAAGGGAAUGCCAACAAUUUCAAGAGUUAUCAGGAGUGCCAGAAGACAUGUUUCAGAAUUCCAAAGAUUCCCCAGAUCUGCAGGUUUCCUAAACAGGAAGGACCUUGCCGUGCCCUCUUCCGUCGCUACUUCUUCAACAUGACCACCAUGCAGUGUGAACCCUUUUAUUAUGGUGGCUGUGAGGGGAACUCCAAUCGAUUCCAAGACCUCACCUCUUGCAUGGAGUACUGCAGUCCCCACAAAACUAUUCCCGUGCUCUGCCUGGACCCUAUGGACAAAGGGAAGUGCUCGGCCUCCAUAACUCGGUAUUACUACAACACGGUCACCAAGAUGUGCGAAGAGUUCGUCUACUCGGGCUGCGGGGGGAGCAGUAACAACUUCGUCUCCAGGCAGAGCUGCAUGGACGUGUGUGUUAAAGGAGGGAAGAAGCACACAGCUCAAAAUAAAGUUCGUCGCAGGAGACGAAAUAGGAAUAAUCACAUCUUUCUUCAUGCGUAGGCGUCUGACAGGAGUUCUCACGGACGCUCACUUGGACAAGCCCUUAAUGGAAACUAACAUGUAUUAAACUGAGUUUGUUUAAGCCAAAAUGUUGACGAGGUCUUCUUUACUGUGACCGGAUGAGUCCUCAGUGGCACAUAUGACUGUAUUUGUAAUGCCUUAAAAGCAAUUUGUCAAAUGUGUUUUUACUGUAUUGUGUUUAUGAAGUUUGUUACUACUGUACUAAUGUUGUUGACUGUGUAUUUUGAUACUGUAUAUAUGUAAUGUAUGUUUUGUAUAAGCAAUACAUUAUGACAGGAUAAAAUGACUUUUUUAUGAACACAUUUUUAAUAAAAUAAACAGAAUUUUA